AUGCACGCGCAGCAACACAGCGCCGCGCGCGUGUUGGUGUGUCUGUGUGUGUGUAACAGCUAGCUAGCUGCGUUUAUCAUAAAUCGCAUUGCUAAAAACAUAACAAAAUAUGCGUCCUUGUUAUGUGGAACGGGACUAGAUUAGCAUCCUCGUUUCUCUCCGCCUUGUUCCGCUGAGUUACUGCUCACGAGACAAACUCCCGUUUAAUGAACCGUGGCGCUGUGACGCUAACGAGCACGAGCGAGCUAGCGUCACCGCACAGAGACGCUCCAAGAUGGACGCAGCUGCUGCCUCGGCGAUCAAAGAGGACGGAGCUGGGGACGAGCCCCGCGAUGGAGACACACCAUCGGGAAACGACGCGUCUCCAUCGGCCGAGGAUACCGCUGAGCGGAUUUUCUGCUGUCGUGAUUGUGGAGAAGGCUUCAGGGAGGAGUCGGCAUACUUGGAGCAUCAACAUCAGCACCCACAAGAAAGCAUGUAUUUAGACAACAAAUUGGAUGGUUUACAUGAUGCGGAAAAGAACAAUGAAAGCGUUAAUUUCUGCACUUGGUGUUCACUAUCAUUUGUUGAACCAAGUGAACUAUUCUCGCAUAUGGAGAAGAGCCAUGGUCAAACCUCUCAAAAGGAGCCUAGUGGUCAAAUACAUUCUGGGAUAACCAAGCAACACGCCUAUGAAUGUUCAGACUGUGGGAAAUGUUACGGUGUGUUUGGACAUUUCCUCAACCAUCAGCGCUCGCACAAACAAGCCUCAAAAUCCGUUUUUCACGACCUUGAACAUUUGAAAAAGAAGUCGUUUCAGUGCGAAUCCUGUGGGCGGAAUUAUUCUCGCGCUUCCGCUCUUGACGCACACCGCCGUUGUCAUGAGGAAAAGUUAGUCAAGUCACGAAACAAAAGUUUGGGCGAUGCACUCCACACGGAGGAGUCAACUGUUGAAGCCAAGCCCAGUGAAAACCAGACUGUUGAUACUCCUGAAAAGACUUUUAAGUGUUCAUGCGGUAAAGCUUUUACUGCUCUGUUGCGCCUUAAAACACAUCAGCGAUUUAGCCGCAACAGUCAAUGCUCUCCAGAGGAAAAGAUAGACAAACCAAAGAAAAGCUGUAAUGAUUUUUACUGUAGUGAGUGUAAAAAGGCUUUCAAUGGCCAUAUUGCCCUCUUGAACCACAAGCGAUGGCAUGCUAAUCACUCAAAUGAGGCUGCAAACAGGUUCCCAUGUGAGGAAUGUGGCAAAGUAUUUAUGACGCAAACGUUCUACUAUAGACAUCAGCGCAUGGCGCACAGUGAUGAAACCCCGGCAAAGUCCUUUCUUCAUCAAGUGUGUCAGUUACAGAAGAAGGCGUUUGAAUGUAAAGACUGUGGGCUGAAGUUUUCCAGGGCCUCGGCACUUCACUCCCAUCAGCUCCAGCACACAGAUGUUUUCAGAGAAACGGAGAAGGAGGCACAGGUGCAUACCUCUCUGCUAACUCAACAGGAAACGGUGGAAAGUGUCCGUAAAGAGGCUGAGCAGGACACAGUGGAAUCGGAGAACGUGCUUUCGACCAGUGUGGCCGAAGAAGACGCACAUGUAUAUGAGACUGAUGAAGACUUGGAGGGUUAUGAACCUGGGGACUUCAACGUACAGGUGAUCAGUGCAAGUGAAUCUGAGGAUGAGCCCGUCCAAGACCUGAAUCCUGAUUUGGAGCUGCUGUGUGAAUCGGAUCAGGAAGUAAGAGAUGAUGGCGACGCUGGAGUUUCCACCAGUCGUCUCGUUUCAAAGCCAGAGAUGGAUUUGAAAAUUGUGGAAAUUGACUUUGAGCAAACUGACGAGCAGUGUGCACUGAUAGCGAGCGAAGCCGAGAAUAAGACGACAGGGGAGAGAUUUGAUUGCCCAGAGUGUUGCCGUUGGUUUUCUAGCGCUUCAUCACUGCGCGUUCACAGAAUGUGGCACGGCGUUCGUAAAAGAAAACAGCAGACCCAAGGUCAGUCAGUGGCAGCUCACACAUGCGACACAUGUGGCCACGAGGCCAAUAGCUAUGCAGCACACUGCAGUCACAUUCAACAACACAAGACUCAUAACACAAGUGGUGGGGAUGAUAAUAAUGAGGUAGAGGGAUUAGCGAAGAAAAAUCUGGUAUGUACUGAGUGCGGUAAAUGCUUCACACGGUUGUCUGCUUUAGUCUCUCAUCAGCUGCAUCAUCCCAAAAGAAAACCCUUUCAAUGCCCAGAUUGCAUGAUGUCUUAUUCGCAUGCAGCUAGCUUAUUUAACCACAUGAGAAACUGCUCCGCACAAAAAAAGGAGAAUAUUUCUGUUAUUAAGAAAGAAUACAAUCCAAAGAAAACCCUUCUGGGCCCCAAGAUUUACCAUUGUGAGCGGUGUGGGAAGGGGUUUUGGUCUCUUGGCGCCUUCUCUAACCACACGCAAAGUCAGACUCAGUGUACAGAUUUGAGGCUCAGAAAAGGUGGCACAGGAUCUUUGCACUCUGUUAAUGGACACCCACGCUUCAAGGUUGCAUGUCCAGUGUGUGGUAGAAAGUUCCGUCACAAAGGCAUUAUGGCAUUGCACAUGCGAAAACAUGAAAACGGAAAUCACAAAUGUGAACUCUGCAACCGGUCGUUUCGUCUUUUUUCCAGCCUCCUGAGACACCAGGUUGUGCAUAGCGACCAGUUACUCCCGCCGCCCAUUAAGUCUUUCCAGCAUCAGGUCGAGCAGUUGAAAAAGAACACAUACAGCUGUCCUGACUGCGGGAAGCUGUUUUCGCGGGCCAAAGCGCGUCAGUUUCACAUGAAAAGCCACGGGUACGAGACCAGGCACUCGCCGUCAUCGCCAAGAUCUACCGUCGCGCUGGAGGAUCUGCAGUGUGCAACAUGCCUCGCACAUUUCAACAACAAGACCUCUUUGCGGGCUCAUCAAAAGCUUUGCAUUAAAAGAGACAGUCAAGUAGUUCUUUGCAAGACAGAAGCCUCAGAAAAUAAUGAUACUCUAACGUUGCAUACAAAUAAUGUGGCUGUCACACAGGAAAGCUCUAAGCAAAAACCAGUACACACUGAGGUAAAGACUGAAAUGGUCAGCGGGGAGCGAAAGAUGGAAAUUCAAACACACAAAGGCAACUUAAAAAACUCAAGUACAACCAAUUUGAAAUACAAAUGCAAAAAGUGUGACAGAAGCUUUUCAGUAGUUGGCGCUUUAAAUUUUCAUAAAAGAAUUCAUGCUGAGGGUUACAAGUCUGUCGCGAAAGCCAAACUGUCUAUGUCUGCAAUGCUUAAGAAACCUAAACAGGAAGAGCCGAACAAAGGACUAUUUCACUGCUCAGAUUGUGGGCGGCGAUUUAUGUCCAACUCGGCCCUCGGUUCCCACAAAAGAUGGCACAAAGAAAAGAAAUGUUCACGGCCCUCGCUAAAAGAUGACGAUUUGAAAUCGGCUGGCCACAAGGCAGAGGACGGACCUUUUCAUUGCCACAAAUGUGGCAAACAGUUUUUUAACCGCCGUGUUCUCCAACGCCACCAGACGUUUAACCCUCUGUGUCGAACCAAAACUGUGCCACACGACAGUUCAAACCUAAGUGUUGAGAGCGAGUUUUCAUGCCGAGAGUGUAACAAAACAUUUGAGCGAGGGUCACUUCUUGAUGCCCAUUAUGAAAGCGAGCAUAGUAACACUGCAGAUCAUCAAGCCCCGAAACAGGUUGAUGUCAACUUGAAUGGGAGUGAGUCCACGUCAUCGACACCGAAGCCCAAAGCCCACCAGUGUCCCCUCUGCUCUAUGACCUUUGCUAAAGCAAGAGGUCUGCGUGCCCACAAAUGGCAGGCCCACUCGAAGAGGACCAAAGGUAAAAACAAGGCUCUUUUGAGGGUUAAAACGGAGCCCAGUGAGCUUACACAGAGAAAAGGCAACAGUGCAGCGAAGGUGAAAAAUACCCCUGUUGGCAGAGGAAAGAAGAAAAUCAGAUCAGACCCCCCAUUUGUGAAGUUUAUCUCAUGCCUUGACUGUGGGAAGCAGUGUGGUUCUCUAGGCGUCCUCCUGGACCAUAAGAGAGUGUGCCUGGACAUAAAGCUUGAGUCUAAACAGGAGAUCCAAAAUCCUGAAACCAUGGCUGAGGUUUCCCAACCUCUGAGCCGUCUGUCUGAGCAUACGGCCAAAUGCCUCUUCAAGUGUGAUAAUUGUGGGAAAGCUUUCCAAACAGAGGAACAACUGGGAGCCCACAAGACCAAGGCAAAGAGCCGGCCAUAUUGUUGCGCCCUGUGCUGCCACGGCUUUUGGACUGAGAAUCAGCUGCAGCAACACCUCGUCUGGCACGAUGAAGUACGCUGUCGUCUCCCCAACGAGGUCCGCUUAAGGCUCAGCGCUGCGAUGACCUCGAAGCCUUUAAAACCCAGCGUCCCCUCUGCUGACACCAGUAGGACGUCCGCUCCAUCCUCUACACUUAGCUCAGACAGCCAGUCACAAAGCAGCCAUAAGUGCCAACAUUGUGGCAAAGCCUUUCUUUCACCAACUGCGUUACAAAAACAUGAAAGUCAGCACUGUAACAACGACUUGUAUCAUUGCUCCAUUUGCCCCAGGACCUUCGGUGACAUCCAGGACCUAAUCGAUCAUCACCAGGAAUGUGUCGGCGAUUACAAAAGGCAGAGUGAUGCCCCUGCUGCUCCUCAGGAGAGACCAAUGAAUGGCCUUACUUGCCUUGAAUGUGGAACUACUUUUUGUCAAGAAACCGAUUUGCACCAGCACUACAUUGAACAUGCCAGUGGAGUAUAAGUGACUAUAGGACCAGGAAAAGAGUGAAGUGAAGACACUGUAGAUUGUUGAUUUUCUUUUGGUGGUGGUUCUUUUGGAGGUUGCACAACUACUUUAAUAUGUUAAGCUACAACAUUCCUUGUUAGAAUUGUGUUUUGGCUAAGUAGAAACAUGCUUUCCCUGUUUUAUUUCUUGAUUAUUGGAGAUUCUUUAAAUGUAAAAAAAAAAAAAAAAAAAAA